AUGUUGUGGUUACUAGUGCUUGCGUAUAUUUCUGUGUCAAACGCAGCUACACAUGAGGAUUACAGAUUGCUUCACCAAACAUUGAUGACAAACUAUACCAAAGUACUGCGUCCGACGUUUAACUCGUCCAUUCCAACGACAGUGGACAUUGGAUUUUAUCUUCUCUCGUUAAAGGAAUUUGAAGAGAAGUCAAGCAAAUUUUCUGUUGUUGGAGCGUUUUCAAUGACCUGGCAUGAUUUUCAAUUGGUAUGGAAUCCUGAUAAUUAUGGUGGAAUUGAAUAUACAUUUUUUCCGCAGAGCUCUUUGUGGAAACCUGACAUCCUUCUUGUGAAUCCUUAUGAGAAACUUCAAUCUCCCGGUUUUGACGAUCUAAAGAUCUUAGUUCGGAAAGAUGGAAUCGUGAAUUGGUCUCCACCUGACAUUUAUGAUGUCACAUGUCCAUCAGAUGUAACAUAUUAUCCUUUUGAUCAGCAAAUAUGUUCAUUGCAUUUCGCAGUAUAUAUGCAUACCACAUAUGAAGUCUUUUUAGAGCCAAGGUCUCCUUACAUUAAUUUAGACUAUUAUUCACCCAACAGUCUUUGGGAUGUGAAAAACGCCAAUUUGAUUGUUGAUCCUGUCUUCACAACACAAACGCUGAUACUGGAAACCGUACUGCAGAGAAGACCAAUGUUUCAAGUUAUAAAUACGAUAGUACCGUUCAGUAUUUUAGGAUUGUUGAAUAUAAUGGUGUUCCUUCUUCCUGCCGAGUCUGGGGAACGUGUUGGCUUUUCCGUGACUGUUCUUUUGGCUGUUGCCGUGUUUAUGACCAUUGUGGCCGACACUUUGCCGGGAACCAGCGAACCUUCUUUCCCUCGGUUGUGUUAUCUAUUGACAGCAGAGCUCUGUGUCAAUACCUUUGUGACAAUUUGUACCAUUUUGGUCUCGAGACUGCAUCAUAAACCAAAGCACCAUACCAUUCCAUCAUGGCUGCAAAACAUGAUAUGUAAAGGUGGCUGUUUUAAAACUAAAACAGACCUAAGUAGUAUCGAUAAAAAACACACUGAACAGGAUCUGAACAAUGGAGACAUCGUUUGUUUGGGUGACUCUUCGACAAAAACUCGGAAAGCUGAGAAAACUGACACAGGAUAUGAAAAGGAUUAUGAAUGGAACAGUGAUAGUAUUGUCAAUGGAAACAGUGUCACUCAAAAAUGUUUUAAAAGCAACACGUCAUGGCAUACUGUGGCAAAUUUUCUCGAUAUUUUCUUCUUUGUUACAUUUCUAGUAAUUUCCGCAUGUAACAAAAUAGUGGCUUAUUUUGUAUUUACUUCAAAUAAAUAA